AAAGAAUCCUUAUCUUGAACAAUAUAUCAACUACUCUUCCUUCUACCAUCCGGAGUAGCUUCUCAUCAGAUCGUUUUCCAUGGCUGCAGCCGCUAACACCACUACUAUUUUCGCCUCUCCUUUGCAACCUUUAACCUCUAAACGCAAUCUUUUGUACAGUUCAACGGUUAGUCCACUACAGAGGAGAUCACCAACGAGGAAGCUUGAUCUCCAAGUAAAAGCUGUUGCCACGACUCUUGCACCCCUUGAAGAGAUCAAAGAAUAUAAGCUUCCUUCAUGGGCAAUGUUUGAGAUGGGGAGAGCUCCAGUGUACUGGAAAACCAUGAACGGUCUUCCUCCAACCGCAGGUGAAAAGUUGAAACUAUUCUAUAAUCCAGCUGCAACUGAACUCACUCCUAACGAGGACUAUGGAGUUGCUUUCAACGGAGGUUUUAACCAACCAAUCAUGUGUGGUGGGGAACCAAGAGCAAUGCUUAAAAAAGAUCGAGGCAAAGCCGACUCUCCCAUUUACACUAUGCAGAUUUGCAUUCCUAAGCACGCUGUGAAUUUGAUAUUCUCGUUCACAAAUGGUGUCGAUUGGGAUGGUCCAUACAAACUUCAGUUCCAGGUCCCUAAGAGAUGGCAAAACAAACCUAUUGAGUUCUUCAAUGAGGGUCUAGCGAAUGAGUUGAGCCAAGAUGGAGCCUGCGAGAGAGCAAUAUUUCCUGACUCCAACAUUGUUGCGACACGGUGCACAAUGAUUGCCAAUUUGACGGUCGAAGGAGGUGAUAGAUGCAAUCUGGAUCUCGUUCCUGGGUGCAUGGAUACAAAUUCAGAACAUUUCAACCCGUUGGCUAAUGUUGAUGAUGGUUCUUGCCCUCUCGAGUUAUCUGAUUCUGAUGAAUAGAACCAAUCUUUAUUCAUGUAAAUAUAUAAACACAGAUAUGUUAAUAUCAGUAUUUGAAUUUGAAUACUAUAUGUUAAUAAAUACAUGUGGUAAUUGACUACUAGUGUCACUUGUUGAUUAACACUUAAUUAUAUAGAGA